UUUGCAUUUGUUUUUUUGUUUUUGGGUUUUGUUAAUGUGUUUUGCACUUCUCGGCCACCAUACAGUGCACCGUUCCACAUCAAGAGUAUAAAAGGCCAAAACACUGAGCAGCAGUGGUCAUUCGACAUCACGCAACCUACCGAACAGUAGCAAUUGACAGCAAGAAUCACACACGAUCAAUUCUAAACCCACUAAAGUUUAGUGUUCUGAAUCCUGUACCGUGUUUUUUACUGACCCGCUGGGACGAGUACGAUCUCCUGAUCAGCGCACAACAGAUAGUGAAACUCCCUUACAAUUAGUCCUUCGAGCUAGAGAGUAAAACUUCCUAACAGUGAUUGUCCACUGCUAUGUUAAAAUAAAUUAGAUAUGACUGAUGGUGAGGCAACCUAUGAAAACUUCAUAGCCUCUGGAAGGACGGGCAGAAGGAAUGCAGUGCAUGACAUCCUGGGGGAAUCAGGAGGACUGGACGUGAGUGGACUCUCGCAGACGCUUUCUCAGAUCAAUGUCAACAAAACAGGUGAUGGGAAUGACGGAGGGAAAAGUUCGAGCUCUUCAGACUCUGAUCCCAAACCAGAGGAGAACAAAGCGGAGGGAACCUAACGGCCUCAUGUGUCAAAGAGAAGAGAGACAUCUCCUCAAUCAGACCUAUCCAGAUUGGGCAUGGCCGAGCUGACGCAACGACGCCCUGCUGGCAUUCUCCAGGCACAUCCGAGGCUCUGCCUUCAAAACGUUCAGCGGGAAAGCCUGGAAAUGUAGUUAUAGCACAGGAUAAAGCUUUAAUCACUGUUAGCUGUCAGCUGUUGAAAUGGAACUAAAACCUCCUCCAGACCUUCCAUCGCAAAGCUGCUAUAGACAUACCUGGAGAUAAGUGUAGGAUCUUCUCAGAUCUCCUUAGACGGAGUCAUAAAGGCAUACGUUUUUUUGAUCCACUGCCAAGUUAGCCUUGCUCAAAUAUUUUGGUAUUUCUAAUAUGUAUGAGUAGUAGUUUUAUUGUCGUAAUAGUUUUUAAAUAUUUUAAUAUUCAUUCUGUAUUCUAAACAGGUUUUGUUUUUCCACUUAACCUUUCAGCUGUUUACUGAAAUGUGAUGCAUGACACCUAAAUAUAUUCAGUACAUCCAGAGAACAUGUUCCAAAGUAUGCAUUUUUUUAUUCGUGAUUUUAUUCAUUAUUUUUAAUAAAAUAAUAAUCAUUUAA